AUGGCUACUACCACUAAUACAACUCCAAGAUAUGGUCAAAAAGCCACCACAUUUUCAACCCCAAUUUUCACUCUUUCUUCUACUAUGCCUUAUCAUUCUUCCUUUGGAUCACUUUCUUUACAUGAUCAAAAGGGAGUGCCAUUUUCUUGGGAACACAUUCCUGGAAUUCCAAAGCAACAAAGUUCAAGAAAAAAUAGCUCUUCUUUAAGCCAACUACUUCCAUUACCACCACCAUCUAGAAAACCUCCAAAUUCAUCCAAGAAAAUACAAAGGUUACACGACGAAUUUUCUCCAAGAAAGAUCAGUAGUACUACUAGUGAAGGGUUCAAGAAAGAUCCAUUUUUUGCAGCAUUUGUGGAAUGUUCCAAGGAUCAUCAAGAACAUCAUGAGAAUUUUAGUGACAUGUGGAAGAAUACUACUACUUCUUCUUCAAAGGUAAUGAAUUCAUCAGCAAGAACAAGUUUAAGUGACAAAUUUGGAUUCAUGAACAUGUAUGCAUCAUGCAAAAGAACUUGUACUGUUUCAGAAUCCGUUGUUUAUCUUCCAAGAUCAAGAAAUUAUGAUCUCCUAAGAACUCGUCGAACAAGCCAAUAA